CACUGAUUUACGUACCAAAAUUCCGACUCCGGUGUUUUGAUUGCGGGCGCUGUUCUUCUUCCUAAACUCUCAACGUUUCUCAACGUGAUCAUCGUUGGCGACGUUCUCUAUCUCUAAAAACGACGGUACAUUUCAAUUCAACUGCGGGGACGUCAUUGUCCCUUUGCAACGGUGUCUGCCAUUAAUCACACCCACCUUACUCGUAAUCUUCAUCCCAGCGUGCAUAAGCUCGCAAACUCAUCAAGACCAUCCACCAUCUUGCUAAUGAGCCUAUCUUUCGGCGGGCUUGGCUUGAUCUCCCUAUGGACCCCCUUGUAUUUCUGGGAUGACUCCGCUCGUGUUCGUAGUGAAUUCAGGUCAUUCGUCUUUGUUCUUGUAUUUGUCGCUGUAGUGCUCAUACUUGCGUAUCUCACGAAUCCCUCAGAGACAUCAUUCCGUGCUUAUCUAACUGAACAAUCCUUCCGCCAACACCUCAGCCAUCUUGAUGAUACCACAGACGAAUCUUCUGAUACUGAUGCUCAAUACUCUUCACGUCCCGUGGACCGCAAUACACUGACUGACCGUACGCCUCUUCCGUUUCACUUUGCAAACCGUGCUUCGGUAUCUCUACGCACUCCCAAGCACAUCUUCCAUAGUGUUGGCAUUUGUACAAUCGCCACCACCCGCGGAGCUGCUGGGGCUCAUGGACGCAGUUCAAGCACAACUAGUCCACAUGGUAAUGGGAAUUUGUCGGGUGUUGAUCACGAUGGAUCGGUAGUUUCAGAUUCUUGGUUUAUUGGAGCGUUUGGUCACUGGUGGCGAGGCGGCCUUGUUGAUUCGUGGUAUCACGAUGCCAUGAUCGGAUCGAAGGAUGCUGAAGGCUGGAGCUCUGGUAUACUUGGAUUUAAGGCCCUCGACAAGUUUAACGAAUUCAACAGUCGACCAUUUGCAAAGUCGGUUCCCUGUCCCAGGCUUCCGUCACGUGGCACACCACCUAGGUUGCGUAAUCGUGAACGUUUCGCCCCGCGCCUUGGAUUAAUUCCUCGCCGUAACUCGACCCCUCCGCCACUUCCCAAGUCAGCUUCGCUCCCCCUGCACACAGAUCACCGAACGCACGAGCACAACCUUCCAGUAUCUCAACCGGUUUCCGACCAGACCUGUAUUAGCGUUUACGUACCGCCUGUUGCUCAAACCAUCUCAUGCGGCCCUUCGAGAUCUCUAUCCAUCGAUGACUCGCCGAUGAUUGCGGAAGUUUUGAGGCAAAUCACUGCCCAGCAAGCUUUCGUGGCAGAACUAGACACCCAAAUUUGCGAGGUCCAAACAGCGGCUACUGCGUCCCAUGAUGUCCUAGAGGCUGAAUUGGCCGAGCUGCGCAUACGCAAGCGCGAUGAAGAUCAACGCAAAGCCGAAGGGAAAUCUCGUGCCAAAGUGCUUGAGGAUGCACGACGCUCUGCUGAAACAGGGAGAAGAGAUGCCGAGAAGAAGCUGAAGGCCGCCCGUAGUGUGAAGGAAGGCGCUGUGAGGCGCAUCGAAGAACUGGAGAACGAAAUUGGCAGGUUAAGAGAUCAAAUCGAGACAGACCGAGCGACUUUGCUUGAAGAAGCUGAGAUCGAGGACGCUAGACUAGUACAGGAACUGGAGCAGGAGCUCGAGGCGAAGAAGAAAGAGGUUCGGGUUACUGAGGACGUCGUCGCCGCACUCAGCACACGCGCAAAGGAGCUCGAGGCUAAAAUUACAGAGGCUCGCGAGCGACUUGGAGCCGCUAGGGAGCGGACGGAGAUUCUGAAACAUGAACCACUGUUCGUCCCUAUGCAGGUUUUGAGCAGCGGACAUACCUCCACGCAAGAGCAAUACGGUCACAACAGUGGUCACGGCAAUCCAAAUGAUUAUGACAUGGGUCAAGCAGAUGCACCAUCCUGGUCUUCAACUUUCAGUCCCUUUGAUGAACCGUUAGACAUACAUUCUUCACCAGGGUCUUCGGAACGCGCACAGAGCGGUCUUGAUUCAGGAGAAUUUUCACGCUCUCCGAGACCUCCACGACUUUCAUUGGGAUCACUAUCAAAUUUCAGCCCCAAUGCAAGCGAAACGGGUGCUGUUUCGCGUCGCUCCAAGGGGUACGCCAUCUUUGAUGAGGACAUCGCUUCCCUCGCACAACCAUCACAAUCUGGUCAAACUGCUCACGGUCAUUUCUCCCCCCAUACAAAUUCGACAUUCUCUCCCUUUGAUGUUCAAAUACCACUCCCCUCUGGUGACUGGCGCGGCAUUGGAAGAGCCGGAAGUACGCUCAGUGCAUCACCGGUGUCGCUCACUGGACCUUCGCCCACACAGGAAAUGAGCGUUGAGUAUGAUCCUUUCGAAGUUCGCCACCACACUCAGGCCAUGUAUGACAAAAUGAGCAUGCCUCACCGCACGAACUCUGAUCCCUCCGCCGCACGCGCGCUGGACAACGCGCUUGUCAACGACACCGCUACCAUAGGGUUGGAUUCUGGACCACGCAGGUGGUUCUCAGCGUCUGCCAAGGAUAAGCAACGCAAGGGCCUCAAUCCUGAUGCCAAAGUUUUCAGGCUUCCACGACGACAUGCUCCGGCUCCGUCUGAACGCACCAGUGCCCCUCCUACAGCUUGCUAUGAUGCACUUAACCCGAAUGGGCUCAUGACCAGCAAUUCCUCGACUCCAUCUGCCCUCCUCCGCGCCUUUGCUCCUUCUCGAGCGGAACGUGAAGCACUUCAGCGCGCGCUUGGUGGUUCGACUAAUACGAGCCUCGAGCGUCUGCCAAGCCUCAGCGACGUCGGAAGUAUCCCAUCUUCUCCGGUGCAUACUAAUGCUGAGGCCCGGCCGGUGCCAGCGUUUGGGGGGAAGGGGGCUGUUUUACCUGCGUGGCUACAAUCGCUGCCGUUGAUCCGGAAGCCCAACUUUAGCCCAUGGGAGGACGAAGAACCUGACUCUGUGAGUACAGGCGGAGAGGCCAAGAGGAAGUAGACCAUGUGUAGCAAGCGGGGCUGGCGAAAAUUUGUACAAACCAUGGUGGUGAGUCGUCCUGGGAUGGCGGGGUAGGUGUUCGUGGUAGAGCAAAAGGGGUGGGUGGAGUAAGUGUAUCUGCUUGUCAAGUACCUGUUCGUCUGAUAUAUAUAUAUAUCGCAAUGCACGAAUCUGUUGAACCGUUUCACUUUGGCAAGUAGCCACAGCCAGUCAGGGCGAUCAGGAGUGGCAACCUCUCAGUCUCGAGUCUCCACAACCAAAGGUCCUAUUUCUGGGGUUGACUUAUACGUGGGCGCAAUUGCUAUCUUGAAAUCCGACACGUCGGCUACUUGGUACUAGUAGACGUCUCCUAGGCAGGGGGAAGGCAGUUGUACAAAUGUGGAGCGAUUGAUAUACGGUCAACAUUUUCGGAAUCGCGCGUA